AUGUCCCUUGGGGGGACCACAGGCGACAACACGUGCCUGCUUCGGAAGGCUCCAGAGGAGGAGGAGGAGGAGGAGGAGGAGGAGGAGGAGGAGGAGGAGGAGGAGGAGGAGGAGGAGGAGGAGGAGGAGGAGGAGGAGGAGGAGGAGGAGGAGGAGGAGGCGAUGCAGGCGGAGGGCGUGCGGGAGGUGGCCGUGGCAACUGGCCUGGAGGUGCUGUACCAGGAGACCCCCAACUACCGCGGAGCGGCGGCUGAGGCUGACCGCAUGAUCGAGCCAAGGGAGGCGGCUAGGCAUGCCUGGCGAGUGCCAGACCUGGGCGUAGAGCCUGUUGCUAGUGCUGCAGAGGAGGCGGUUACUGAGGGGGCUAAUAGUGCUCUCUACGGCCUGGCCCCGAGAGCCAAGAGAGUGGAUCCCUCAACAGCAAACCAUACGUCCCAACAUGGGAGAGUGAGCCCAACUUAG